CACGGUGCGUCGUCACGAAAGGGUUAUUUCAUAGCUCAAUGGUCUGACACUCAGAUGCCUUUUUCAAAAACAACAUCUGUCGCUCAGCUGAAGAGUAGGCCUAGUGUUAGGAAUGCCGAAGAAGUUCCAGGGCGAGAACUCCAAGGCGAUGACUGCCAAGGCCCGCAAGGCAGAGGCCAAAGCUGUGGAAGACUCCCGCAAGAAAAAGGAGCUGGAGGAUGCUUUAUGGCAGGAGAACGAUAAACAUGUCCUGAAGAAAGAACAGAGGAAGGACGACAAGGAGAAGAAGCGCCUUGAGGCCCUGGAGAGAAAGAAAGAGAACCAGCGGCUCUUGGAUGAGGAGGCUGCAAAGAUUAAGGGCAAGGCCAAGGAGGCGGCUGCUGCUAUGGCGGCGUGCAAAGUGACCCGUGCCCAGAUUGAGGAGACGCUGCGUAUUGAGCAGGCGUUACAACCGCAGGAGCAACCCAAAGAGAAAGAGAAGAGUCAACUGGAGUCACCCCUGGAGGAGAAUGUGAAUCGCCUCAUCCCUGAGGAAGGUGCAGUGGACGCUAGAUCCAUAGAGGAUGCCAUUGCUGUGCUCAGCACAGCUGAAGAGCUCGACCGCCACCCCGAGCGCAGGGUGAAGGCAGCGUUCGCCGCGUACGAGGAACUGAACAUGCCCCUCCUUAAAAAAGAGAACCCCAACAUGCGGCUGUCGCAGCUCAAACAGCAACUGAAAAAGGAGUGGAUGAAGUCGCCAGAGAACCCCCUGAACCAGCGCUUUGCCAACUACAAUGCCAAGUGAACCAACUUCAGCAGCAGCUAACACAAAACUGUUACCUAUGCAUUUUGGACCUUACAAUGGAAGAUGCCUCCAACCUAGAAUUAUUCCCUCAUUAUGAAUACGUUGCUGGAAAAGCUGCACUCAUUCCCUAGGAAGGACCUCUGAUGCAAGGAAUCACCUUGGGACUUCAGCUUGUUUCAUUUAGAGGAGAAGCAAAUUCCCCCCAUGUUCCUGAUGAUUUUUCUGUUACUGUGAAUUCCCACUUGUGAAGCAUCUCAGUGGUUUAUGGAUUUUAUUCCCAUUAUCAGUUUUUCACACUUAAAUUGAAAAAGGGGGGGGUGUGACAGAAGUUUGAGAUUAAAAGUAAUUUAUUACAGUUCACAAUACUAGCAUCUAAUUGUUUCUGAGAGUGAGACUACAGGUAUGUUGCUCUGUAUAAGAGCAUCUGCUAAAUGACUAAAAUGUGGUCUGCACUCUUGCUAUAGUAACCACCUUUUUAAAGGCCCAAUUGAGUUGUUUUAUACAAAUAUGACAUUUCUGGGUUACAAUUAAGUAACUUACUGUACUAGUUUUCCAUUAAAAUUGUAAAUUAUGUUAAGCAAAAUUCUCAGACUUUUCCUAGGACUGUCUGGGAGUGGUCUGAGUGGGGAGGGGAAAACUCAACUAGCUGUUUGGCUCUCUUUGUUAUUGGUCUAAUUUACGGCCUGGUGAUGACCCAGGCAAGCUGAAAAUCCCUCCCAUGCAAACCUGCUGCUUUUAGAUGGUCUUGUGUAUAUUGUAUUUUCAACCAGCAAUUAUCAGGAAAUUACUUAUGAAAUGUUUUAUACUUUUACAGUGUUAGUUUCAUCAGCUGUUGUACAAUAUGAUAUGAAACAUACAAAAUUAGUUGUCUGCACCGGGCCUUUAACCCUUGAUAAUGAACCACAAAAGAAAAUAUCAUGACCAGAGCCAGCUGUGGACUUAUAAGAGCACUGCCUUGUCAUAAACUAUUUUCAGCGCCAUUGGAAAUGACUACCCCUUUACCUAUGAUAGGAUGGGGAACAGGUGCAACAAGACAUUAACAGGGCCUUAUUAGGUGUACCUAGGGUUGCAAAGAGUCGAAAACUUGCUGGUAAAUUUCCAUGGGAAGUUACAGUAAGCCUGGGAAUUUAGGGAAUUUAACUUAAAUUCAUCAAAAAAGUUAGCUUAUUACAGUGAACCUUUUUUUGUGGGAUACACAAGGCAAUUCUAGGUCUUGUGGCAUAUUUUGGUUGAACUAUCCCCAAUUCAAUGGAAUUGCAACCCUCUGCAUGCACAGUGAAUUCUUCCAUCAAAUGUGCAGUGCACUCUUCCAUCACAUGUACAGCUGAUUCUCUAGCUCUUGCACACUGAGAUGCUAUUAAGCCCACAUUACUACACUGUCUGAGCCAAGGACUACAUGCUUUCUGUUAAGUUUUGAAUACAAUACUGGGUGGGGUGGAUAUAUUUGGACAAUUUUUUUAAAUUUAUUUUCUAGCUAGUAAGUAGCCCACAGCGAAGUGUGUUUAAAUCAUUUCUAACUUAACAAUUUCUGAUAGUUUUUGCUACCAUGUGGGUUUAAGCUUGCUUGUGCGUGUUAACUGAGUGUUAAUUCACCUGUUUCCACACAUUUCAUUUUAAAACAUUUAUUUUAGUUUAAGUUGUUUAAUCUAACUGCUUAACUAUUUAUCUGUACAUGGAAUUGUAUUAGGGUUUUCCAUGUUUUUUUCCUAAUCUUUACAGGAAAAUGCCACGGACACUAUCUGAUGUGUGGUGACAUUUCACUGCAGCUAAUGUAAAAGGAAAAGCUGUGUACAUUUUGCAAAUACUGUGCCAAAUCAUAUGUGAAGAAUGCAACAAAGAUGCAGAAUCUGGUCAAUUGCAUAAAGUUCCCUCAACUUCUAUUUGAGGUGAAAAUGAUUUGUUGGAUACCUUAUCGAUAGCAACAGCUCAUGGUCCUCCUGGAAUCAGAAGUGUUUUUGACGCAAUAGAGGAAUGUAGUCAGAUAUGCUGAUGAUUGUCUUGCUCGAGCUGUGUAUUGCAACUGGUUCACUGAUGCUCACAGGCAAUGUGUAUUUGAAGAGAUUUCUGAAUGUUCUUCACCCAGCAUACACCCCUCCAACCAGACAUGCUUUUAUCUCCUUGUUUGAUGGAUACAGAUUUCAAGUGAAGGUCAAGCAAAUCAGAGAUAGCAGACUAUUGCAAUCAUCUCUGAUGGGUGGUCGAAUGUUUGUGGGCAAGGGAUAAUUAACUACAUCUCUACCCUUCAACCAGUAUUCCACAAGAGCACAGACACAAGAGACAACAGACGCACCGGUCUCUACAUUGUAGAUGAGCUGAAGGCAGUCAUCAAUGACCUUGAACCACAGAAGGUAUUUGCACUGGUGACAGACAAUGCUGUGAACAUGAAGGCUGCUUGGUCUAAAGUGGAGGAGUCCUACCCUCACAUCACACCCAUUGGCUGUGCUGCUGACAGGUGUGGCAUAUCAAGAAGCUGAUUCAGCAGCAUGAUUAUUAACAGUGCAGGUAUGGCACAACACAAUGUAUGGCACAACACAAUGACAUCAAUGUUAUAAAUCUAAUGUUGUAUCGGCUGUUCGCGCUGUAGCGGAUGAAUCACAAUUAGUUGGGUAACAGAUAAUUAAGAUGUUUUAGUUGCAUAAUAUGCUUAUGUGAAAAACGUCAUUAGAAUGCAUCCCUUUGGACUCUAGUGUUGGCAGUUGCACUUUUCCCUCAGCUAGGGCUCAGUCACUUGGGGCCCAGAGAGGGGAGAGGUCAGAAUGGAACAUUGUCUUCAUAUGUGAAUGUGUCUUUACCUAUUCUUCAACCAUGUGAAGAGAUGGCGUGAUUAAUGGGGAACCAAUUACUUGUCUCCACAAUGUCUGUGCGCAAGUCACUCCCCUCAUUGAGCUUGUCCAGGAGUGGGGUCAAGAGGGGGUUUACUUGAGAUAGGAGUUUCUAGAGUUGAUAAUUGAUAUAUGCCAUUGGAUGAGUUGCUGUUUUUUUACUAUGCAGUACCAGGAACGAGAUUAGAACCUCAUCUUAGGGACCAAACUGAACGAUAAUUUAUAGCGAAUGCUAUCUGGCUAUGGGAUACUCCUCAAGUAAAAGUCCUUAUUUGUGAACAGUUCCUAGAUAUCUGUGGUUUGUCAUGUCAAAGUGGGGUGGAUCUUUGCUAAAAAAAAAAAGAUCUCAGUAGCCAUUGUGUUGACACUCAACGGUUCAUUAGAAAUGGCGAAUCUUUGAAAGUCAAGUGCUAAUGCAAAGCUCUUAUUAUUAAAGAUGUAGUUUAAGUAUAA